GGGAGUCCAGAGGCUGGGAUUUCAAGUCGGCGUUCAAACCCGCCGUGUUCGUGUUUACUCUCUGAGUAUUCACUAUACGGAUAAGACAGGACGCGCUCGGAGAAUGGCGCUUCAGAGAUAACAGCUGGCACCAGUGGAGAUUGUCAAACUGCGGUAUUUUAUUGGCGGACAAGUUUUUGCGUCUUCACCCAAGCUAUAUCGUAGUCAAACCCAUUUGGCCAAGUCGAAAUGGACUCGUUUUACUAGUGUCGUUAGAUAUUGAAGUAACUAUCAUUAAGAUAGAAAUCUCUUGAAUUUUAAGCAUGUCCUUGGUACGCGAGAAACAGCUGCGUUACUUUCUGAAGCUGCCCACACUGAGCAUUCUCAUUCUGUAAGUGUUGAAUCGGAGCGGAACUUUGGUUCAUUUCGAAGUUGGAGGGCACUGACUGAAUUUGUGGCUACGGAACAGUGUAUUUUCUGAGGAAAUAUCGUGCCCUCCACAGCGAGUCGACCAGCAUAGAGAGCGGAAGGACAACUUUUUCGAGAGCAUCUGGGACAUUUCGCAGUAACAGAACCGAGAAAGAUGCUCUGUGUGUGGAUACAGCGUGAUCAAGCUCCCGGUGCUCUACUAACUGUAAUUCUCAUUUAUGGAACCUUCAUGUGCAAUGCAGAUGCCAGUGACUAUGCUGAGGUUCUGCCUGACUCCUUCCCAUCAGCACCUGCUGAGCCACUCCCGGAGUUCCAGAGUGAGCCGGAAAAUGCUUUCAUUGUGAAAAAUAGACCGGUGAAGCUGUCCUGCAAGGCAGCUCCAGCCACCCAGAUCUACUUCAAAUGUAACGGCGAGUGGGUCAACCAGAAUGACCACGUCACCCGGGAGAGCCUAGACCAAAUCACAGGUCUGGUGGUGCGAGAGGUGGAUAUCUCUGUGUCCAGGACUCAGGUAGAGGAGCUCUUUGGCUUGGAGGAUUACUGGUGCCAGUGUGUGGCCUGGAGCUCUGCGGGCACCACCAAGAGCCGGCGGGCAUAUGUCCGUAUCGCGUACCUGAGAAAGAACUUCGAACAGGAGCCGCUCAGCAGGGAAGUGCGUCUGGAACAGGAAGUCUUGCUGCAGUGCCGCCCACCAGAGGGCACCCCACCCGCUGAGGUGGAAUGGCUCAAGAACGAGGAGCUCAUCGACCCCGCACAGGACUCCAACUUCCUCAUGACUGUUGACCAUGACCUCAUCAUCAAGCAGGCUCGCCUCUCUGACACGGCAAACUACACAUGUGUGGCCCGAAAUGUGGUUGCCAAGCGACGCAGCAGCACUGCUACGCUCAUUGUCUAUGUGAGUGGUGGCUGGUCGUUAUGGACUGAGUGGUCUGAGUGCAAUGCACAUUGUGGGCGGGGUUGGCAGCGACGGACAAGAAGUUGCACCAAUCCAGCACCUCUCAAUGGAGGUGCCUUUUGUGAGGGCCAGCCCUUUCAAAGGGUUACCUGCACCACCCUCUGUCCAGUGGAUGGAGGCUGGACGGAGUGGGCGAAGUGGUCAGCGUGUAGCACUGAGUGCACACACUGGCGCAGUCGCGAGUGCCAGGCUCCAGCGCCACGCAAUGGGGGGCAUCACUGCAGUGGCAGCAUGAUGGAGAGCAAGAACUGCACCGAUGGACUGUGUGCCCGCAGUGAGUCACAUGACCACCCGUCACAGUUCCACCGGUUAUGGUUAGUGCCGGCUCGGGAUCAGGGAGGAUCCUGUGGGCUUUCAGAUAAAAAGGUUUCUCUUGAACAUACAACCCAUCCGCUAGACUCUGGUACAGGAGCAGCAGUGUAUGCAGGGCUCGUGGGGGUUCUGUUGUUGUGUGUGAUCCUCGUGCUCGGUGUGGGAAUCCUGGCUUACCGCCGCAGCUGCCGCCAUCUCCACGGUGACAUCACUGACUCCUCAUCCGCCCUCACAGCAGCCUUCCACCCUGGCAACUACAAACCGCCAAGACAAGACAACCCUCAUCUGCCACACUCCUCAGCCCCGCCCGACCUCACCGCCAGUGCCGGAACCUUCUGCAGGCCGCUCUUCUCCUCCUUGCAGCAAAGCACACUAGACUCGCACCACAAGAUCACCAUGACGACCUCGCCCCUGCUGGACACCAUCCCCAGCUUGAAGAUAAAGGUGUACGACUCGUCUACCAUGUCCUCCAUGGAGCUGCCCGCCGGGCUGAGUUCCGUCGAUGCCGAGAUCAUGAGCCUGAAGACGGUGGGCAGCGGCCAGCGAGAACCCUAUGUGCACACGCUGCCCGGCGAGCCGGCGUACAAUGCCAGCGCCACGCUGGGCAGCCUCGGCGGACGUCUUGCCAUCCCAAACACGGGUGUGAGCCUGUUGGUGCCUCCAGGAACCAUUCCUCAGGGGAAGUUCUACGAGAUGUACCUCAUCAUCAGCAAAUGGGAGAAGACUACGUUGCCAUCGGAAGGCGGUCAGACGGUGCUGAGUCCGGUGGUGAGCUGCGGGCCCUCUGGUAUGCUCCUGAGCCGGCCUGUCGUCCUGACACUGCCCCAUUGCGCCCAACUGGAGACCCCAGAUUGGAGUCUCACCCUGAAAACGCAAACCAACCAAGGAGCCUGGGAGGAGGUGCUGACAGUAGGGGAGGAGAGUCUGUCAUCACCAUGUUACCUGCAGGUGGAGGAGCACAGCUGCCACAUUCUAAUGGAGCAGUUGGGCACUUACGGCCUGGUGGGUCAGUCAGUUCCACCUCAGCCUGCCUGUAAGAGGCUGCAGCUGGCCCUGUUUGCCCCACGAGCACCCUGCCUCUCUCUGGAUUACAGCUUGAGAGUCUACUGCAUACAAGACACCCCACAUGCCCUAAAGGAAGUGUUAGAAUUAGAACGAAGUCUUGGUGGGGUGUUGUUGGAGGAUGCCAAACCCCUCCUAUUCAAGGACAGUUACCACAACCUGCGACUGUCCAUUCAUGACAUCCCACAUGCUCACUGGCGGAGCAAACUUCUCGCCAAGUAUCAGGAGAUCCCAUUCUAUCAUAUCUGGAGUGGGAGCCAGCGCCCGCUGCACUGCUCCUUCAGCCUGGAGAGAGGCAGCGUGGCUGUGUCCCAGCUCAGCUGCAAGAUAUGUGUCAGACAGGUGGAGGGGGAGGGCCAGAUAUUCCAGCUGCACACUGACAUCCAGGAGACAUUGCGCCCCCACUCACCACUGCCUGCGGGAGGCACGUGCUUGCCCUCUUCUCAGGUGGGCUCCUAUGCCUUCCGCCUGCCAGUCUCCAUCCGCCAAAAGAUCUGUGCCAGUCUGGACGCCCCAAGCGCCCGCGGCUGCGACUGGAGACUGCUUGCACACAGUCUGGGCUUUGACAGGUACCUGAACUACUUUGCAACUAAACCCAGCCCCACAGGUGUGCUGCUUGACCUGUGGGAAGCCUGUCACCAGGGUGAUGCAGACCUGGUCUCCUUGGCGACCGCUCUUGAAGACAUGGGCAAAAGUGAGGUCUUAGUUGUCAUGACGACAGACGGAGAUUGCUGAUUGGCUAAUCAAAAAGUGUGAGAAGGAGAGAAAUGUGUCACCAUGAAUAAAGAAACCAUUAAUGCCAAUGGAUGGGCAUAAGGAAACUAUAUCCAGUGCACAAACUGUUCCCACACACCAUGAUUACUUGCCAAUAUUACCUCAACUCCAGUGUGUCUGUAUGGAACCCCCGAGGAUGUAGAGCUGCUGUGCCCAGGCUCUUGAGGCUGCUUGCCACUGGCUGGAUGAUCUCCCAGUCUUACAUACACUACUGUGCUCAGUGGUAGCAAAUGGAUCACAUGAUUGGUGAACUGAAAAAAAAUGUGAUGUCAUUUGAUGAAGAUUUUUUUUAUUCUAAUGCAAGUAGCAAGGUAUGCCUGCGUAAACCAUAUUACAAGCUCAUGAUUCCAGAAAUCUUUUUUUCCCCCACUCACACAUACAUUAUUUUCUUCUUUAACACACACACACACACACACACACAAGUACAUGCUAGCAGCCUUGUGUGAAAGUGCAGGAUAAAGCAUCAGUGCAAAAUUGAGAUUGAGGAUUUGUGUCCUGCUUAUCAUUGGAUGCUUAAAAUUCAGCUAUGAGCUGGCUCUAAUCAGUGAGGAAGUGACUCAAGCUCUCUUACAUACACGCACACACAUAAAGAUGUGCUUACGUAUGUCCUUACAUAUGGACAUAGUUACAAAACAGCCAAACACAAAUAUAUAUAUAUAUGAUUGCAUAGGUAGAUAAAUUCACCUAGCAACAGUUAAAGCAUAAUCGAAAGAUUAAUUUUCAUUUUUGCCACCUUCUUUUAAUACAUAUCAAAAAUCCAGUCAUGAAAGUUUGCUGGAUUAUCAAACAGAAGUGGGGAUCUUUCUAUAAAUUACAUGACUACGCUUUAUUUAAUGAAUUUAAUUUCUUCCACUUUGCCCUGGUCAUACUACAAUGAACUACAGUAUCUUGGUUGCUCUUAAUGAAAUUUUCUCUUCAAUUCAUCAUCAUUAAUGCAGGAGAGCUUUCUGAAAGACGUUUCCUAUAGGGAACACACUUUUUUAAGUUAUUGUCCAUAUUAGUGGAUCAUCGGUUGUUUCACUCUUCUCAUUGUAUCUGCUGUUAUGUUAAUGAGUACAAAUCUCUGCAUUUGUGCUUGACAGCAGUGGCAUUACAUUUCUACUGACAGGCUGACCCACAGGGAAUGAUUUAAUGGGCUUUAAUGGGAGGUCAUAUUUUGUGGUCAGCUUCUCUAAAUGCUGACUAACAUUAUAUUAGUUUAACUGUAAUGCUAGCCAGUGAAACAGGUAAUAAAGGUGAUUGCUAGAUUGAAGUAGAAUGGUUUGUGAUCCUCUGUUGGCAAGUACAUAGAACCAUUGUAUCUUAACUGGUGGCAUUAACCACUGUUCAGAAUUUAGGGUCAACCAAUUGUGGGGCUUCUGUUAAGUUAUAAAGAGUAGCCUUUAAAAAUGGCACAGCUGCUCUUUCAGCUAUAUGGUGUAACGCUCCCUGUGUUGGCUACAUGUGCUUUGGAAAUGUAACAGCCAUGACCUUCCUGGGCCUUUUAACAUUAUCUGUUCAUGCUGUCAUUAAAACAUGUUUUUGUUGUUGUUGUUUUAAUGCUGCUACCUAUUUUCCUUUUUUUGCAAAAGUGUUCAGAUAUCCUCUGAAAAAAUACAAGCAGUAUAUGUCCAUCUCUCAGAAAGAGUGACUAGCUCUUAUGUGUGUGUCUUUGGUGCUAUUGAAUGUGUGCUGGUGGAUGGGCCUCAUCAUUUCAUAGUAACUAUUUCAUUUUACGUCUUUGCAAGUUCUAUGCAAGUACAAAACAGACCUCUUUAAGUUUUAUGUUUGAUGUGUAUGUAUGUGUUUGGGAAUUUUCUUCUUGUGUUCCUGUCAUAUGCUGUAAUAGGCCUUAAAGGGCAAAAAGAUUCUCUAUGGCCCCCAUAGCAGCCACAGACAGUCCAUAAUGGCUCUUGGGAGUGGCCUUAGGACAGGGCUACGUAAUGAUCCCUGCCAAUCUGCUGAGACACGUGGAGGCAUGUCAGGAUCAUUGCAAAACAGACCACAAUCAGCAUAACUUCUUAAGAGGAUUAAAAUAGGACUUCCACAUCAGUGGAGGGAUUGGCAGUUGUGAUGACGAAGACUGUAAUGAAAGCUAAUGAGCACAUGUAGCCUUUUGACCCUGGGUGUGCCGCUGAGCUUAACCCCCUCCUAGUCCAAACAAGGCCGCUCAUCAGGGAUGAGGCACUGAGUAGAUUGCUUCAAGUUUCUUCAGGUUUGGAAUCCACUUCUUUCAGGAUGGUGGUUGCUAUUCACUGGAGAACUCUUGUGGUUGAAAUUGAUCCCAUUUUGUUCAGAUGUCAUUCUUCAAGAGAGUGGGUAAACUCUCAGAACUCUGACAACACUUCUUUUUUUCAUUUAACACUGUAAAGCUCUAUUGUACAUAAAUGUUUAGCCUUCUUACUGUAACUAAAUAUAAUUUUUAUGCAAUAAAUUAUAUUUCCUAGUUUAAC